AUGUUUAUUGAAUCCAUUGAUGUAUCUAGUUACUCAAAGGAUGGAAAUAAAAUGUUUAAUUUGCUUGAUAAUUUUGUGGAGAAAAUUGGAAAAGCUAAUGUGAUCCAAGUCAUCACGGAUAGUGCGGCAGCAAAUGUGUUGGCAAGGAAGUUUUUGGAGACAAAGAGACCCCACUUGUAUUGGACACCUUGUGCAGUCCAUUGUUUGGAUUUGAUGUUAAAAGAUAUCUUCAAAUUAUCCAAUUUUAAGAAGACAUUUGACAGGGCAAUUGGGAUGCAUGGUUACAUUUAUAACCGACCAUCUUUGUUGAAUAUGAUGAGGCAUUUUACUCAGUUGAAGGAGUUAGUUAAGCCUGCCAAAACUAUAUUUGCAACGGCUUUCUUAACUUUACAAAGGGUUUAUCAACAAAGGAACAAUUUGAGAAAGAUGUUCACUUCAGAGGAGUGGACUAAAAGCAAAUGGGCAAAGGAGUCACGGGAAAAGCCUCCAAUGGGUUACAUUUAUGAGGCUAUGGAUAGGGCUAAGGAAGCUAUUGCAAAUAGCUUCAAUGGAAAUGUAGAGAAGUACAAAGAUGUGUUUCAAAUCAUUGACCAAAGGUGGAAUGCUCAAUUGCAUCGCCCUUUACAUGCAGCUGGGUUUUAUUUAAAUCCAGAAUUUUUUUACAAAGAUCCAAGGGCUGCAAAGCACAAAGAAAUCGUAUCAGGCCUAUAUCAAUGUAUAUCAAGGUUGAUCCCAGUACUAGAGGUCCAAGAUAAAGUUACUGCAGACUUGAAAAAAUAUGAAAAUGCUAAAGGACUUUUUGGAAUACCUAUGGCAAUUAGACAAAGAACUACAAGGGUACCAGCUGAUUGGUGGAGUUCUUAUGGUCAUGAUGCUCCUAAGUUGCAACAAUUUGCCAUCAAAGUUCUUAGUCUUACUUGUAGUUCAUCUAGUUGUGAGCGGAAUUGGAGUGUGUUUGAACAUCUUCAUAGCAAAAAAAGAAAUAGGCUAGCUCAAAAAUAUCUCAAUGAUUUGGUGUUUGUCAAGUCUGAUAGAGCAUUGAAACGUCAAUACAUUUCACAUGGCAAAUUUGAUCCCAUAUCUUUGAAAGAUAUUGAUGAAAGCAAUGAAUAG